CUCAAAAUCCACCAGCGCAUUCACACUGGAGAGAAACUGUAUCAGUGCUCACAGUGUGGAAAGAGCUUCAUUACACAGAGUGCCUUUAAAAAACACCAGCGCAUUCACACUGGAGAGAAACUGUAUCAGUGCUCACAGUGUGGAAAGAGAUUUAAUCAACAUAGUGCUCUUAAAAUCCACCAGCGUAUUCACACUGGAGAGAAACCGUAUCAGUGCUCACAGUGUGGAAAGAGUUUUAAUCAACAUAGUGCUCUUAAAAUCCACCAGCGUAUUCACACUGGAGAGAAACCAUAUCAGUGCUCACAGUGUGGAAAGAGUUUUAUUACACAAAGUCAUCUCAAAACCCACCAGCGCAUUCACACUAGAAAGAAACCAUAUCAGUGUUCACAGUGUGGGAAGAGUUUUAAUGGACAGAGUGCUCUUAAAAUACACCAGCUCAUUCACACUGGGGAGAAACCAUAUCAGUGCUCACAGUGUGAGAAGAGUUUUAAUACACAGACUAAUUUAAAAAUACACCAGCGCAUUCACACUGGAGAGAAACUGUAUCAAUGUUCACAUUUUAAUACACAGAGUCAUCUAAAAAUACACCAGCGCAUUCACACUGGGGAGAAACCGUAUCAGUGCUCACAGUGUGAGAAGAGUUUUAAUACACAGAGUCAUCUCAAAAUACACCAGCACAUUCACACUGGAGAGAAACCGUAUCAGUGCUCACAGUGUGAGAAGAAUUUUAAUUGUCAGAGUCAUCUCAAAAAACACCAGCGCAUUCACACUGGAGAGAAACCGUAUCAGUGCUCACAGUGUGGAAAGAGUUUUUCUGGACAGAUAGAUCUGAAAAAACACCAGCGCAUUCACACUGGAGAGAAACCGUAUCAGUGCUCACAGUGUGGAAAGAGUUUUAAUAUACAGGGUAAUCUUAAAGUACACCAGCGCAUUUACAAUGGAGAGAAACCAUAUCAUUGCUUACAGUGUGGAAAGAGUUUUAAACGACAAAGUAAUCUUAAAACCCACCAGCGCAUUCACACUGGAGAGAAACUUGGAGAGAAACCCUAUCAGUGCUCACAGUGUGGAAAAAGUUUUAGUCAGCAGAGUAAUCUCAAAAAACACCAACGCAUUCACACUGGAGAGAAACCGUAUCAGUGCGCACAGUGUGGGAAGAGUUUUAAUCAACAGAGUUAUCUCAAAAUACACCAGCGCAUUCACACUGGAGAGAAAUCGUAUCAGUGUGCACAGUGUGAAAAGAGUUUUAAUACAAAGCGUGAGCUUAAAAUACACCAGCGCAUUCACAGUGGAGAG